CAGUGGUUAAAAAGCGCACGAGCCGCCGUUCUGUUUCGAGAGCACUGCAGGACUGUCACUGCAAAGGGACCGAAGGGCGCAACACAGUGGCAGUGUUCUUCUACACGCAACUCCGUACUUACUUAUUUCUAUGCGCACAACUGGGACUGUUUGCGAGAAUCGGGAAGCAACUUGACAAAAUCAGCAACAAGUUUAACAAAAAUAAUAAUUUGUUGAGCCUAGCAUUCAUUGAUUCAGUCAAUUUCUGCAUUCUUUUGCUGUCUUGGAGUAGAGUAUUUUUUUCUUUUUUUAAAGAAGGAAAUCAGUCCAGUAGACCUCUAUUCUAUUCAGACCGUUUGUUUCAUAAACAACACGAACAAUAUUAGUUUACUUAUUCAUCACAACUUUGGCUGCAAUAACUCAUUUAAACCACAGUAAAGCAAAACGGUGUGCGCUUUCUAUACAAUAUUAUCUCCGUUCUCUCAUUAUCUUGCUCAUUGCCAUCGCGUUCAAGAUGAUGAACACUAUGGUCAUUUUUGCGGAAUUUUUCGUGGUCAUCUUGAAAGUGCUCUGGGCUUUUGUUACCGCCGGGGCGAAAUGGGUGGUGCGGCCGAAGGAGAAGAGUGUAGCGGGACAGGUGUGUGUGAUCACCGGGGCUGGAAGCGGUCUGGGUCGGCUGUUCGCCAAGGAGUUCGCUAGAAGACGGGCUGUAUUGGUGCUAUGGGACAUCAACAGCAAAAGCAACGAGGAGACCGCGGAGUUGGUGAGGGAAAUCUACCGGGAGCUGGACAGUGAAUCUCCGAUGGUCAAAGAAGGUGAGUUGCCUGAAAAUAUCUAUCAUCCGAUUUUUUUUGCAACACGAUUCUUAUGGAUCAUUAUACUUGAUCAGUGUCAUCCGGGAGGUGGGCCCAUGUUAAUAAACAACGCUGGCGUGGUCUCUGGUCACCAUCUCCUGGAGUGCCUAGCUGAUCAUCCCGGUCCCCAUGGUGGUCCCCACGCACACUUCUGGACCACCAAGGCAUUCCUUCCCAAGAUGUUGGAGCUGAACCACGGCCACAUUGUGACGGUUGCCAGCUCUCUGGGGCUAUUCAGCACAGCUGGUGUGGAGGAUUACUGCGCCAGUAAAUUCGGGGCCAUCGGCUUCCACGAGUCGCUGAGCCACGAGAUCAAGGCUUCGGAUAAGGACGGCAUUAAGAUGACGCUGGUGUGUCCCUACCUGGUGGACACGGGCAUGUUCAAAGGCUGCAGGAUAAGGAAAGAAAUCGAGCCAUUCCUGCCUCCCCUGAAGCCAGAGUUCUGCGUAACACAGUCUAUGAGGGCCAUUCUCACCGACCAGGCUAUGAUCUGUACCCCACGCAUAGUAUACAUGGUUAACUUCAUGAAAAGCUUCCUGCCCUUCGAGGCCAUCGUUUGUAUGUACAGGUUCCUGGGUGCUGAUAAGUGUAUGUAUCCCUUCCUGGCCCAGAGGAAGGAGCUGAUGAACAACAACGAGGCUAAGGGGGACAUCUAGGGGGCGCUGUUGCCGCGUGGUAGGGUGGGGCCCAUAACCCUAGAGGCACAAGGAUAAGACCACUGAGGGUGCGAGGAGGAGGAGGAGGAGGAGGAAGAGGAUUUAAAAAGACUGAAUCUAGACUGGUGAACUUGCAUUGAGCAGAUACAAAUGUCCUCUGAAACGAUGCCAGCUGUGUACUACACAAAGGAUGUGUAUUUCUCUUAGUUUUUUUCAUGUUGUCUUUUUUAUUUUUAAUGUUUUUUUCUUCUUCUAAGGUUUGUUUAAGGAAACCAACCAUCUAUAUACUGUGUCAAUAGUUUUUAUUUUAUUUUUUUUAAAUCAUAUGAAAAAAAAGUAUUAACUAUUUACGUAAUGUAGUCACCAACUUUUGAUUUAGUAUCUUUGUGGAAAUAUACAGUAUGUUACUGUACAGUAAAAUCUUGUCACUUUUCAGUUUCUCUUUUAUUUGUAGACAUGCACUGUAAUACUGCCUUUCUCUACACGGCCAAGUCUCUGUAGAAACGGUUAAAAAUGGCAUUUCAUCACCCAGACCGACAUGCAUUUACACAAGUACAUGUUAUUCAAUCAUUGCAUCAACACUCAGCGAGCGUCUGGGUAGCCAGGUGCUGAAAUUAGAACUGCAAGUCCCGCCUCUCCCAUCUCCUCAUUGGUUGUUAGGAGCAUGUACCCACGUGGGUGAUUGAAAGAUGAACUGAGGUGCACACACUCCAGUCCAGUUGGUGGUGGUAAUGCACCUUAAAAGUUGGUUGCCAUCCACCCAUGUAAACUCCACAGAAGAAGAAGCCUGAAGGAGGAGAGAUUACUAGAAACUAACUAAGUUGACCCUUUUAUCUGUGGAUUAAUUGUAGGAGUAGAAGGACCUUGUGCAUUUCAGGUAAAAUAACAACCCAAGGUUUAUAUCCCUGGACAGAUUAGCUAGCAACAGAAAGCUAGCUAGCUAAAUUGACAUACAUUUUUAAUGCUUUUGACCUGUCCACAAAUUAAUAUAGUUGGUUCAGAGUUUGUUUUGAUAUUUCCACUGGUCAGGUGUGGGUGGACAAAGUCAGCAUGCGCGCAAGCAGUCUGGUCAACAUGUUAGGGUUGCGUAUUUCUGAUAAUUUUCAGAAAAUUCUGGUUAAAAGAUUCCCAGAAUCAAGAUGGGAGGGCAGGGAAUCCUGAAUCCUCCAACCAGAAUUUCUGGACAACCUGGUGAUUUUGGGAAACACUACCCAGCAACCCCUGCGGCUCAGUCUAACCAAUCAUGCUGUAGCGAUCAGAGGUUGCGUUUAUGUAUUUUAAUUCCUUCAGAUCAUCUUCCGAUUUUUAUUCCAUCUAGUUCAAACAGUUCAAAUGAGUUGUACCUACCGGCCAUUGAUUUGGGUAAAUCUAUCAGCCAAAUGUCUCGUUAAUUUAAUGUGACUUGGUUUCAGCAGUCGACUUACGAUCUUUAUUUAUAUACUUCUGACUUAUUGAUGGUCGUAUCAAUCACCACAUCGUAAGACGUACACUACCGUUCAAAAGUUUGGGGUCACUUAGAAAUGUGUCCUUGUUUUCCAUAAAAACAUACAUGAAAUGAGUUGCGAAAUGAAAUAGGAAAAAUAGUCAAAACGUUAACAAGGUUAUAAAUAA